UAAUUGUGAACUAUUGUACUUGUGAGUAUUAAACAUAAUUGUUGUUAACUUUUAAUAAUAAAAUUUAUUUUUAGGUCUAAAUGUCUGUUCAUGUUUCCGAAACCGAUUUUCCUGCAGACGACAGUAUUGAAGAUCUGGAAUUUAAUACUACUGGAAGUAAACGAAAGAGCUCAUUAAGUGCGGAAUCAGGACCGGCCCUAAAAAAAUUCUGUGUGAAUUCACAAAAAACUAUUUUCAAAAAAGAAUUUUACACAGAAGUGGAAAAAAUUUCCGAUAAGACAACUUGUGCUAAGUGCGUUGCAUGUCAUCGAGUGAUGAGAGGAAGCGGUGAAGUGGCUUCAAAUUUCAUCAAACAUUUGCAAGUCGAGCAUAGGGAAUGUUUUAAAACAUACAAAAGUUAUAAAAUAGGUAGCCCUUUUGGCGGUAACAUGCAAUCUGAGUUCGAUGGUAAACUGUUACAUGCAAUGAUUGAUUGUUCAUUGCCCCUUUCCAUUCUGGAAAAGAAAUCCUUUAUAGAUCUUUUUCAAAGUACAGGUAUGAAGGUGAUGUGUAGGCUAACAGCGGCUAAGAAAUUGGAAACAAAAUAUACCAUCAUGAUGGAAAAUGUAAAAGAAAACAUGGUUUGCUCUAAAUAUUUUUGUACUACAGCAGAUGUUUAGUCUGGAAAUCAUAGAAGCUUCCUUGGA